GUAAGCCGCGUUCGGGACGGUGUCGCCUUUUCCCCCAUGCCCUUCAGAAAAGAAAAUGGAACUAAUACUUAACACUUACAACGAAACUCCUGCAGUUUGGUGAUAUUUUGAUUAACAGAAGUGGUGUGCUAUAGCAGUUUUAAUUUAAAACAACGUAACUGGAUGGAAACAUAUACGAGGGCUAUUUUGGAACCCCGCGUAGCCAGUAUACUCUCAGGACUAUCAGAAUAGCACCAGACCUCCCAGUUCUGGAUGGAUUUUGUUUUGUCUUUCUAACGCAGACAUGAAGCGCAGUUUCACCUAUUUUUUUGAUAUUUUGGAUAUACGAGGGAUUACAAGAUCACUGUAGGUGACAAAUGAAGACGAUACCGAAUUCUUUUGUUCGGAUGAAGACAUGUGAGCAGUAGGAGGUUCUGCACAAGCGCAGGUGGAUCUGAAGAGGCGCUUUUGUAUUACCCGAGGAUAACGUACAAAAGCCAGCCAAUAUUCCCAUUCUAAGAUAACCCACAAAAGCCGAUAUUUAUCUUCUAUGAUGUAUUUUACUCUUUAUUGGCUGUUUUCACUCAUAUAACAUGCGCGUAAAUAAGCUUAAAUACUGCUUGCUGUACGGGAAAACAUAGUAGCCUACUUAUGACAAGCGUUUUAUUUAAUGGGAGGACUACAACCAAAUAAUUUAACGUCACUUUCUUCCGAAAUCCAUUAUCCCUUUGAACCUUUUUUUUAUUGCACUAAGGACUACGAGAAUGCCCGAAGCUCUCUCCCCUGCUCAAGCCCUCUACAUGGGCAUGGAAGUGUUGAUUGCCGUGUCAUCGGUAAUAGGAAAUGUGAUGGUGGUUUGGGCGGUGAAAAUUAACAAGUCUUUGAGAGAUACAACAUUUUGUUUCAUUGUCUCUCUGGCAGUAGCCGACAUCGCGGUGGGAGCGCUCGUUAUUCUGGCGAUAACUAUCAGUAUCGGACUUCAAACUCACUUUUACAGCUGCCUACUGGUCGCGUGCACAGUGUUGGUUUUGACCCAGAGUUCUAUUCUCGCCCUGCUGGCUAUUGCUAUUGACCGGUACCUUAGAGUCAAGAUUCCAACCAGUUACAGGCAAGUGGUCACUCCAAAACGAGCUGGCUUUGCAGUGGUCAUGUGCUGGGCUGUGGGCUUCAGCCCAACCUUGGUCAUCACCUGCCAGUUCGAGAAUGUCAUCAGCAUAGAGUACAUGGUCUACUUCAACUUCUUCAGCUGGGUGCUGCUGCCCCUUCUCCUCAUGCUUGCCAUCUACACAGAAAUCUUCUACAUGAUUCACAAACAACUGAACAAGAAGGUCGGUGUGGGCCAUGGCGACCCCAGCAAGUACUACAACAAGGAGCUGAAGCUAGCCAAGUCGCUUGCGCUUGUGCUUGUGUUGUUUGCCGCCAGCUGGCUCCCACUGCACAUCCUGAACUGCAUCACACUCUUCAGCCCUGGUUGCGAGAAGCCCAUGUUCCUUCUCUACAUCGCCAUCCUGCUCACCCACGGCAACUCCGCCGUCAACCCCAUCGUGUAUGCAUUCCGCAUCAAGAAGUUCCGCACGGCGUUCCAGCGGCUCUGGAAGCAAUACUUCUGCUGUAAGGAGGCUCCUCCGAUCGACACACAGAUGAGUGAGAGACUAGACAAAGAUCACUUCUGUCCUGGUACUCCGCUGGAGCACAACAUUUGACUGGAUCCAGGGGACUUUCUGAGCAAACUGAAAUGCUUGCUUCUAUAAAUCAUGUCUAUUUUGAAUGUAAUUCAGUGCUUUACUGCAAAUGCCACUGAGUGCAUUUACCCCUGCAAAGGGAAAUAAGACUCCUAUGUAAAAUGUCACGUAAACGUUUAUCAGUGUUCGGCUCUACAUCGCACAAAGCAAAACCCAGAUUAAUUAAUUAAUUAAUCUGGGCAAAUGAACAGCUUUAUCAGAUUUCUAUUUUUUUUUUUUUAUGUCAGUGUAAGUGGAAUAUGGGCUCUCUUGUUCUGCAGCCGGGCAAAGAGGACAAGGUUUUAAGAUCAGGUCCAUUGUAGAGAAUUCCCCCGAUUUCACUGAUCCCAUAUAGCAAUUUGUUUGUUUGUUUGUUUUUCAUAUGCUUUUUUGUCCUUUUUUACAUAAUCACAUUAUUAUUAUUGUGCAUGUGAACACUUCAGUUCACUUAUUGACAAACUGAUUUUUACCAGUAAUCAGGAUCUUGUAGAUGUAUACAUGCUCAGAGUGUGCUGUUGUCAGAGUCUGCUCCCAUUGUAACUUAUUAUGAAACAUUAUAACUCCACUGGGACAAGAGGGGGAGGCUAGAAUAUGGAAUUAAAUCAUUUAUAGUGGCAAACAGAUAUGUGGUGUACAAGACAUUUUUAAAUAAUUCUUUACUCAGUGAUCAAAGUAGUUCUUUCUAACUAGUCCACAGGUAUCAUACAAAUAUGAAAAACAGUAUUCUUUGCACCACUCUGCUAUCCAAAGUGUGCAAUCAUGAUGGUGCAUCAUCUCAUUAUAAAAUAUUAUUUAUAGUCAUCAUGAUUUUUUAUUUAUCAGAACACACUUAAAUGAGUAACUUUGAAUGUGUACAAUAUACAUUAAUAGUAGUUAAUUUCAAGCAUUUAUUUGAUACUAACUUCAAAAUGCAGUUUUAAUGAGGAUAUGUUAGGAAUGUUAAAGACAAUGCACACUAUACAAUUAUAUAUAUAUAUAUAUAUAUAUAUAAAAAUAAAAGGGCUGCUCAUUAAUCACAUAAAAAUACAAAUUUGGUUUCCACAAUAACUACUCACCAAUGAUGUACUUCAUUUAUUCAUUUGCCUACUACAUACAAUGAAGUAUUUAUAGUUAUGACAUUGCUUAAGAAUUGCACUAAUGGAACAAUACAUUUAUAUAGUCUGACAUUGAUUAAUAGCAUUAUAGGCCAUUAUAGUGUAGCAUUUCUAAUAGGCAAAAUUAAGGCCAUGCAAACGCACACAGACAUUUCCCAAACAUUUUAUACAGGCACCAGAAACAGGUUUUUACAUCCAGAUUUUGCCUUUCAGCUCUGUGUUUGUAAGGGAGGAGCAAUGCAUGCAAGUAAGUAGUGCUGGAUGACUUCAGGAAAUGAUCACUUAAUUCAUGUUUAUUCAGCUCUUGUCUCCACAGGACAUCAACUAGCCCAUUUGACUUUUUUUGUAACUGCUGUAUAAUUUAUGUUGUAUUCAGGGUUCAAACGUUAAAUAAUUAUAUAAUCCAAAACAGUAAUAUUCAGUUAUACAUUUUCUCUAAUUUAAUAUCCCCUUUGCUAUAACAUUCAAAUGAAUACUGGAGCCAUGUAUUCUGGAGGCAUUGUAAGCUUUUUCAGUAUAGUAGCCAACAUGUAGCCAUGUUGAAAACAAAGCUUUCUCUAUGAAACACACCAAGACUUGGACAAAGUCACCAAGAUAUUUAUGUCCUCUCUGACUAAAGCUUGUCAGUAAUGCACUUAUGAAGAUGCAUCAACCAUAAAAAAAUAAAGUGAAAUCAUAACUAGGAAUUUUUUUUAACAUACCAUUUUUUUUUUAUACUUGACUCAGUGUUUGCUAGUGUUCCUCACUUUAUUAUGUUUCAUUAGCUCUCUGCCCAAAUACAGUGUGAAUGAAGGAAUCACACCAGUAUAAAGUACAGUAUGUACAUAAUUGUUGGUAAACAACUGUGGGAUUGCAAUCAGUACAAUUGUACAUUAUUUCUUAUUUCAUUAUUUCUGAGUAAAUGGAAAUAAUGAACUAA